AAAAAUACAAACUGUCCGACGUGGCCAUUGCCUAAACAUUUCCGGCUGACUAUUCGAUGGCAGAGACCGAGGAUGCCGUUUUGUCUUUCCCUACCUAAUUAUCGUGUCAGCCCACUCCUCCGAGACGGCGCUCUGAUCCGUUCCCAGUCCGCCCGCGUCAUUAUCGCUGGAGAGUCGAACAUGGCUGCCAAUUCACUCAGAGUCGCCGCCGCCCAAAUGACCUCCAUCAACGACCUCGCCGCUAAUUAUGCCACUUGCUCUCGCCUCGUCAAAGAAGCAGCUGCUGCCGGAGCAAAAUUGAUUUGCUUUCCGGAAAGCUUUUCAUUUAUUGGUGCCAAAGAUGGUGACAGUCUGAAAAUAGCAGAACCUCUAGAGGGUCCAAUUUUGCAGAAGUACUGCUCCCUGGCAAGAGAAUCUGGGAUUUGGUUGUCACUUGGAGGGUUCCAAGAAAAGGGGUCGGAUGAUGAACAUUUGUCUAACACCCAUGUUGUUGUUGAUGAUGCUGGGAACAUCAGAAGUACUUACAGAAAGAUUCACUUGUUUGAUGUGGAUAUUCCUGGUGGAAGGGUGUACAAGGAAGGCAGCUUUACCGAACCUGGGAAGAAUGUUGUGGCAGUUGAUAGCCCUAUUGGCCGUUUGGGUUUGACGGUAUGCUAUGAUCUGAGAUUCCCGGAGAUUUACCAGCUGCUCAGGUUCCAACAUGAUGCACAGAUUCUUUUGGUACCUUCAGCCUUCACCAAAGUAACUGGGCAGGCGCACUGGGAGAUUCUUCUACGUGCUCGUGCAAUUGAGACUCAAUGCUACGUCAUAGCUUCUGCACAAGCUGGGCAGCAUAAUGAUAAUAGAGAAAGCCACGGAGAAACUUUAAUUAUUGAUCCUUGGGGAACAGUUGUUGGCCGACUGCCCGAUCGACGGUCAACAGGGAUUGCUAUAGCCGAUAUCGACUUCUCAUUGAUUGAUUCAGUGAGAGAAAAAAUGCCAAUUGCCAAGCACCGGAAGCCUGUCGAGUUCUGGAAAUCUGCAUCCCUUUGAUUUUUGGGACGGUUUUCCCUGUGAGCCCUUUUGCUACAAAGACUAAGAGCCAUUCGGAACUUCUGCUGUACUUGUAGAUGAAGAAUAACGCAGCGAGUCGAAUCUUUAGGAUGUUACUAUAGGAAUGACGGGCGUCGAUGCAGCUCAAAUCAAGGGAUUAUUUCUUAUUUUGUAGUUGAUUCUGUGUACACUUUUAUUAUAGCUUUCUUAUUCGAACUUCAAUCUCAUUAGAAUUAAUAAAGCCUGUUUAAAGAUUUGUAGCUUCA